UACACCUUAGAAAAUCUUAUUAAACGUGAUUAUGUUAUCUCACUUAAGUAUGAAUGAUUGAUUGCUAAUGCUUGCUUCGCUUUUCUGGUGACUUCCCAGCAUUCCGUGUUAUUGGCUCAUUAGUAAACAGAUGCAAAGAAUACAUUGAGGAUAGCAGUUCUCCUACUGAUAGGGAAUGCAGUUUUAUUUUCAUUUCUGUUCUUUACAUCAGGAAUAACACAUCUAAUAUGGAUUUGUGAAAGAAGUUAGAAAUAUCAACUUUUACUGAAAGCUCUAAUCAUGGACUUAUUACUUACUGAACAUUCUCCAUCAUCUGUCAAUAACAAACAUUAUUGUUGUUUUCUCCAUCCUUCUUUUUUGAUGCAGUAUUUUGGAUGUCCACCAUACUUUCUCUCUCAUUCCACUCUGUACUUCAGUGCUCACUUGCAGCAAAUUCUUUGAUUUAGAAGCAACGCUCUAUAAUGAAAUUUGAAAGCCUAGGAUACAACUGAAUUCUAUCUAAAUUAUAAAUUAUUAUUUCUAAAAACAAAACAUUCCAGAAAUAUAAAUAUUUAGAUUAUUUUCUUAUUUUGUCGCUAAUAUUCCACAACAUUUAACAUUAUCAACUUUUGAUUAAAAAAAAAUAUAUUAUUUUCAAGACAAUUUCUUUGAAGAGGAAAAUUUAUUCACUUACUACUUCAGCACAUCUUUUAUUAUAUAUAAACACAAAGCAUCAAUUAAAAAUAAAAUGACAUACUGUCAGAUUCUGUAAGUGUAAGCUUCAUGUCUUUAUUCUCACUACACCUCUUCAUAGAAUAACAGAUUGAUUUUUAUUUGUCAAAGAAUUAUUACAUCCUUCCUUCCUGAAAAAUCUGGCAUUGACCCACAUGCUAAAUGUCACUUGGGUUUAGGAUGUCACAAGGAUUAUACUUUGAAAUUCAUAUCAUUUAUUCUGCUCUAGUCAGGCAGUUAAGCCUGAUUCCUUAAGCUGUGUUCACAGUGAUAAUUACACCAAUUCAGCUAAUCAAAUGCUUUACUGUAAAGCUGGCAGACACUCAGAAGACUAAAAAUAUUGUGAAAAUAAGAGACUGUGUCAUUAAAUAAAGCAUUCAGCCUCUGAUGAAAUUUGUGCUGUCAUCUUAUAAAAUUACCUGUGAUACAUUGGUUGAAUGAUUUGAAUUUGAUAAUCAUCAUGCUGCACCUUUAAUAGGAUACUGUACAACUUCAAAUUUCCCUUUAAAUUACAACAUGGAACUAAUUUCUCUAAGAUUUUAUCCCACAGUUCCAUGCAUUUCCCACUGUUUAAAAAGAGAAUUCUCCUCCCUUGGAUCUUAAACAAAUCAACUAGUCAGAUUUUAAAAUAGCUUCUUGUUAAUUCUUAACAAUGAAUAUUUAAAGAACUUGUAAAUAUUACCUAACAACUAUUGUUAAACUUUUGUUUUCUGUUUAAGGAAAUGAUCCCUAAAAUAUUAGCCAACUUGAAUAUUGUUUGAUAAUCAACAAAUUUUAUUAUUGAUCUCAUAUUAUUUUCUGCAAAUAUUUUUUAUUUUCUCUAUAAUUAAUCUUGUAAUGUUUUCUUGUGUUAUCUCAGACUUCCCACAUGUUUUCAUGCUAGAUGUCACCUCAGGCAUGAAUGUGUUUCUCAGUAUUAACUAAAUUGAUUUAUGAGAUUUAGUAGCUUUCCUUCACCUGUUCAGUGGUUCCAAGUUUUCUUUGAUACUAUUUAAUUUAUUUCAUUAGCUCUAGUUUCAGAUUUUGUGUCUCAGCUGGUACCAUGCCUUUCAAUUUGUUACAAAGGUUACGGUCUGUCAAUCGUAAACUGAUAAUUAUUUCUGGUCUGAUUUAUUUAUCACUUGUUUUCUUAUUCCAUGGUAGACUAGAAUUUGAACAGCAACUUGAUAACCGUUUUAAAACAGUUUUUUUCAAAAGAAACCCUGUUCAUUUAUACUUGAAAAAAAACACCUCUGCAACAAGUAUUUCCCAUUCAUUACAUUCCUCAUUGAAAAAUAAAAUGGAAUUGCAUGUUAGAAACAUCUCCACAAAACCACAUGUCCAUAUUCAAGCAAACACUCCUAAUUUCACUUUAUCUGACAAAAAUAUAAACAUCACUCAUGCACCCAAUUAUAAAAACUGUUAUCAAUCUUCUUCCAAUGUUGGCAACAACACAUUCCACCGGAUAUCAGAUGGCAUAUUUAUUUAUUCUGCAUAUUUGGAUGAUCGUCACUCAACUCCAUUUGUUCGUGUCAUGACCAUAAUAGCUCAACGUAAAUAUAAACUGCGAUAUUUCUGUCAUUUUCCUGGCAAUUUUUGGACCGAUGGUCUUGUAUAUCAGAUGUGUGAAAACCACAAUAAACAUUUUGGUGGUUAUAUAAUAUCUUGCCCUCUACCACCUUCAAAACCUGACCAACAAAAAUUAUUCUGUUCUGUGAGUAUAUCUUUAAAAAAAAAUGGUGAUACAAAUCACAGUUCAUUCAUUCCAAUUACAAAGAUUCGUACAAAUAGUCAACCUUUUAGCUAUGGAAUAUGCAUUCCACCUUUGUUUGGUAAUAUAUCCCAAGAACACUUAGUUGAGUAUAUUGAGUUAUCCAAGUUACUAGGUGUGCAACACCUGUACUUUUACAGUUUUCGUUUAUCUGAUGCUGCAACUCAUGUUUUGGAAUAUUAUGAAAAGCAAAACACAGUAACUAUAAUUCCUUGGAAGCUGCCUGUUGAGAUUCAUGAUAAUACUAUAUGGUACAAUGGUCAACUGAUUGCGCAUAAUGAUUGUUUAUAUCGAUCAAUGAGUCAAGUCAAAAUGGUAGCAUUCAAUGACCUUGAUGAAUUCAUCAUUCCACACAAUGGUUCAACAUGGACAGAUUUUGUUAAUAAACUAAGUGGUGAAAAUAUUUGUGGAUUUUCAUUUUGGAGUGCAUUUUUUGAUCCCUCCACAGGAAGACCACAUCCUUCUGGAUUGUUUACCAUGAGCCAGACUGGGCGCUCAGCUAAGUUCAGCCAAGUGCGAACAAAAGUACUUGUUGAACCAUUGAAAAUAUUUGAAGUUGGCAUACAUCAUGUAAGUAAACCAAAUGAAGAACAUUACAAGAUGUUGAGAGUGGACACAAACAUUGCAUUCCUACAUCAUUACAGAAAAUGUGUUUCAAAUUAUGGCAUGAAAUGUGAUAAAUUUAUACCUGAUAGGGCCAUAUACCGAUAUUUUGAUGAUUUGAAGACUGCUUUUGAUUCACAGUUAAAUAUAAUACGCCAAAUAAAUUCCACUGCUUAAAUUUUU